AUGAGGAUUCCACAGGUUCUUGCUUUUGCUGCAGCUGUAGCUGGAGUGACAAUUCCACGCUCCAAGCAUUCUUCUCCUACCUCCCUUACAAAUGUGACCAUCUUCUCACCACCCUCCGACUACAUCGUUCCACGGACGCUCUACCCACGUAACGAGCAGCUGCCCAAUGGCGACCUUCUUGCCACAUGGGAGAACUACUCCCCAGAGCCACCGGCGGUCUAUUUCCCCAUCUACCGUUCCAAGGACUACGGAAAGACUUGGAAGGAGAUCUCCAAGGUCCACGACACUGUCAACGGAUACGGCCUGCGUUACCAGCCAUUCCUCUACUCCCUGCCCGAACGCGUCGGCUCAUUUAAAAAGGGAACUCUACUUCUAGCUGGUAGUAGCAUUCCGACCGAUCUGUCGUCCACACACAUCGAUCUGUACGCAUCGCAGGACGAUGGCGUCAAUUGGAAGUUUGUUAGCCAUAUUGCUGCCGGAGGAGAGGCGCUGCCGAAUAAUGGACUGACUCCUGUAUGGGAGCCAUUCUUACUCGCCCACAAGGGCAAGCUGAUUUGUUAUUACUCGGAUCAGCGGGAUAAUGCAACCUACGGACAGACAAUGGUUCACCAGGUCUCAACUGAUCUAAAGAGCUGGGGACCUGUUGUAGAGGAUGUUACCUAUCCGACAUAUACCGACCGACCUGGCAUGCCAGUUGUGACCAAGCUCCCGAACGGUCAAUACUUCUACAUCUAUGAAUAUGGCUCUUUCUUCGGUACAUCAAGCUACUCCUUCCCUAUCUACUACCGCUUGUCAUCCGACCCCGAAAAUAUCGCUUCCGCCCCAGGUCAGCGCCUCGUUGUCUCGAGUGGUACUCAGCCGACAUCUUCACCGUACGCCGUGUGGACACCUUAUGGUGGUAAAAAUGGCACUAUCAUCGCCAGCUCCGGUACACAGAGCACAUUGUUCAUUAACAAAGCUCUUGGCGAGGGAGAGUGGACAGAGAUCGCUUCGCCCGAGGAACACGGCUACACACGGUCUCUACGUGUGCUGUCGGAGGAUGGAGGUCGAUACCUGGUUGUGAAUUCUGCCGGAGUGCUAUCUGGUACCAAUAAUCGGGUCUCCGUAAGUGUGAUGGAUUUGAAAGAGGUAUUGUAA